UAAUAGAUAUAUCUCUUCCUCCCCACCCGUCCAUCUCUCUCCUCGCGAGGCGUCCGUUAACCCUUCUCUUUUUCCUUUGCUGCUGCUCCUUUCUCUUCUCCAAACCCUACUCUACGGCCAAAUUUCUCUUAUAUUUUCCGCCAAAAUCGAAGUUUGAGGGAGCUCAGAGCUCCGCUCUCAGCCAAAAGUAGGGGAGAGGGAGGAGAAGGAAGGGAUGGCGAAGGACGAGGAGGAGUUCCGGGGGGAGAUGGAGGAGCGGCUCGUCAACGAGGAGUACAAGAUAUGGAAGAAGAAUACCCCUUUCCUGUACGACCUGGUGAUCACCCACGCCCUCGAAUGGCCCUCCCUCACCGUGCAGUGGCUCCCUGACCGUGACGAGCCGGCCGGGAAGGACUACUCUGUGCAGAAGAUGAUCCUCGGCACCCACACCUCCGACAACGAGCCCAACUACCUCAUGCUCGCCCAGGUCCAGCUCCCCCUCGAGGAUGCCGAGUACGACGCCCGCCAGUACGACGACGAGCACGGCGAGAUCGGCGGCUUCGGCUGCGCCGGCGGCAAGGUGCAAAUAGUUCAGCAAAUUAAUCAUGAUGGAGAGGUCAACCGAGCUCGCUAUAUGCCUCAAAAUCCUUUCAUAAUUGCGACAAAGACAGUUAGUGCCGAGGUUUAUGUUUUUGACUAUAGUAAGCAUCCAUCAAAGCCCCCAUUAGAUGGUGCAUGCAACCCUGAUUUGAAGCUGAGGGGUCACAACUCUGAAGGAUAUGGUUUAUCCUGGAGCCAGUUUAAGCAAGGACAUCUGUUGAGUGGUUCUGAUGAUGCUCAAAUUUGUCUGUGGGACAUUAAUUCCACUCCUAAAAAUAAGGCCCUUGAUGCUCUUCAGACUUUUAAGGUACAUGAUGGUGUUGUUGAGGACGUUGCUUGGCAUUUGAGGCAUGAAUACUAUUUUGGUUCAGUUGGUGAUGAUCAUUAUCUGCUCCUUUGGGAUCUCCGAGUGCCAAAUAACAAGCCAGUCAAGUCUGUUGUCGCUCAUCAAGGUGAGGUAAACUGCUUGGCAUUCAAUCCCUUCAAUGAGUGGGUCGUGGCAACAGGCUCCACUGAUAAAACCGUUAAAUUAUUUGACCUUCGGAAACUUGAAAAUGCUUUACAUACAUUGGACUGCCACAAAGAGGAGGUUUUCCAAGUUGGUUGGAAUCCAAAAAAUGAGACAAUUCUAGCAUCUUGCUGUCUUGGUAGGAGGCUCAUGGUGUGGGACCUUAGCAGGAUCGACGAGGAACAGACCCUGGAGGAUGCAGAGGAUGGCCCGCCCGAGCUGCUGUUUAUUCACGGUGGCCACACUAGCAAGAUAUCUGAUUUCUCCUGGAAUUCCUGCGAGGAUUGGGUCAUUGCCAGUGUUGCCGAGGAUAACAUCCUUCAAAUAUGGCAGAUGGCGGAAAACAUAUACCAUGACGAAGAUGAUUUGCCCGGCGACGAACCCCCGAAAGCCUCUUAGAUUGUGAAUUCCCCGUUCGAAAGCACAAAACAUGCCAAAAAUCUAGGAUAAACAAAACAUUAGGCUAAUAUGGUCUGUCUCCUAUAUGUAGCUGCAGUGGCUGUGUGAUUCCUUUGUUUCUGCUGCUAAUCCCUGCUUGUGCGUCAGUCAUUAGAUCUUUGUGUGGUAUCAGCUGGCCUCGGUCGAUGACUUUGUUUUGUUCUCUUGAUAGCUUAUAUGCUAAUUUAUCUUUUUAUCA